CUGGGAUCAGUGAGUGUUCAUUCAUCAGCCAACAACCUCUGGAACAGCAUGGAUAUAUAAGCUGGAGUCACACCUGCUUCUCCUAAAAGACUCCAAACCUCCAUCAGCUGAGUUCAAACCGCAAAGUUCAGGUGCCUUGCCAGACUCCACAGCAUGCUCCCCGGUAGGGAGGCUGAUGUCCGGCGGGACUGCGUCCUGACGAGCCGCUGGUUGCCCGCAGCUCUCGCGCUGCUCCUCCUCCUCUCCUGCAGCUUCAGCCGCGCGCACAGCACCACGGUGGAGCACGACUUCCACAUCGUCCACAACGUCGACAACAGAAGUCCGGAGAUAGACCCGUUCUGGUACGUGGGGCGUGGAGUGAGACCCAUAGGGCGUUUUGGGAAGAGACACAGCAGCGGAGACACACUGGACAGCAGCAACAUGCAGCCUGUCGUCAGGACUUUGGAACUGCUGCUCAACAGCCUCAGAGAUAAGGAAAACCUUGGAAAAGUACUGGAUGGAGAAGAUGGAGACUGGUUACCGUGAUGAAACGUCGCCCUUGCCAUCGGUUUGCAGUCUUCUUUUUAUAAGAUAACACGUUCAUUUUCCACGUAUGUCUCUUUAAAGUCUACCGGUCAUUGUAAAAUCAUCUCCUGAUGUUUCUGUACAUAUUAAUGUGUUCUGAAUUGGGUAAUAAAUGAAGAUGUCAGUAUAACUGGUCA